AAAAGAGGAAGUUGACAAGUAACUUCCACAAACCGAAAGUAGUGAGCUUUAGGAACAUGAAGAUCCAGUUUAACUGUGUACAAAUACGUGUCGAAAUGACACUAUAGGUAAAAAAAUAUUAACUGAGAAUGAUAAAGAGCUAAGUAAAGGUCGUUGUUGUCUUGCAGAACUAUUUCUGAAUCCAAUUGAGGUGACUGCUGAGUCAGAUGCAUUUCCCGAAAUAAAGAGUAACAACACGCGGAUUUUCAGUGACUAAGUAACACGGGAAACGCUCCGAAAUGGAAGACGACGCAGCAGACAUGGCGUCUGAAAACAGUCUGCCUUUAGGCAUCGGGGCUUCGCAAUUUGGGAGUGAAAAUGGAGAUGAAGAAGACAUUAUGCCUCAAAGAACACUUCCAUUUUCCCUCGGAUACUCCGAUCCUGUUGGACACAUAGACAGGGCAGAGUCACCUGCUUCAAGCUAUGCCUCCAUGCACAGCAACAGCUGGUCAGACACAUGGGAGGACCAAGAGCCAACUGAAACACAGGUUCAUUUGGACAGACGGGACUCGUCUGCCUCUAGCAGUGUUUCCUUUGAUAGCGAUGAUGAUAAUGAUGUCAAUAUGGAGGAAAAUGCGGAAGAAAGCUCGCGGAAGAAAAGCAAGUCAAAAGAUGGGGGUCAGAAACGACAAACUGCUCCCGUUCCUAUGAAACCAGAGUUGCAAGUAGAUAAAAAUGCAAGACACCCAGCAAUGACGGUGGAUUUUGCAUUUAAGGCCCUCUCAGGCUGCUUAAAGAAACUAACAGAAGAGGAAUUUAAGUAUUUCAAAAAAAUGCUGUGGGAGAGAUAUCCAGAGCUCUUUCAUGAUCCCUUGGAUGGAGCUGACCUUGUGAAUCUGGUGGAUAAAAUGCUGGAGCUCUGCGAUCUUGAGGUGUCCCUGAAUAUCACGCUUGUCCUUCUAAAAAGUAUGAACUUAAAGAGGCUGGCUGAAUAUCUGGAAGGACUUUGCAAAAGAAUUAAAGUGCGCUACGAGUUAAAACUGGCUCUUAAGAGGAAGUAUUCGACAGUGUGCCAACAAGGGCAGCCCGUUCCAUUCGAAUCCAUCUAUACGGAUCUUUACAUUACGGAUGGCAUUAAUGCAUCGGUGAACAUUGAGCACGAGUUCAGACCAAAGAUUGAAGACCUUGCAGAGUCCAAAGUGAACAGGCAGCCGUUAUCCUCAAAAGACAUACUGGCUCCAGAAAAUAGGAGGACUAGGCAUGUGAGGUCAGUGGUAUCUAAGGGAAGUCCCGGAAGCGGUAAAUCAUUCGCAGUUCAGCGGUUCAUCCUCGACUGGGUAGAUGACAAAACACACACAGAGACUUUCUUUCUCCUUCCGCUGUCGUUCAGAGAACUUAACCAGAUGCUAGAUAAGGAAUAUACCCUGAUGGAUUUAAUCUAUGUGUUUUAUCCGGAAAUGAAGACCGUGGAGACGCUGGAUUUUGAAGGCUGCCCAGUUAUGUUCAUAUGCGAUGGCUUGGAUGAAAGUCAAUUCCCUUUCGAAUUCCGCAGGACGGUGUAUUGGUGCGACACAGAUAAGCCCGCGACAGUGCAGGUGUUGAUCACCAACCUCAUCAGAGGGAACCUGCUCUAUAAUACCUCCGUCUGGGUCAUUUCCAGGGCGGGAGCCAUCGACGUGAUCCCACCAGAAUACUGCCACCAACUCCUGGAGGUACGCGGUUUUAACAACGAACAGAGAGAAGCGUAUUUCAGGAAGACGAUCGAAGACCCAGAACUGGCUGAGAGAGUGAUCGCUCACAUCAAGGCUUCCAAAACGCUGUACAUUAUGUGCCACCAGCCGCUCUUCUGCUGGGUGGCAUCUAAAGUGCUUCAGCAACAGUUUCAGUCUCUUCCUCGAUCAGCGGAGCUGCCCAAAACUCUUACCAACUUGUACACCAGCCUGCUGCGAUUUCACACUCAAAUGUGCAUUCAGAGACUGCAAAAUAACCCGGCGGAAGAGACCAAAAACAUCACAGCUGAGCAAAUGCUCAUUAAGCUGGCGAAGUUGUCGUACAGCAUGCUCGAAAAGAACGAGUUUCAUAUGGAGAAAGAGCACUUUGAUGAGAUUGAAAUGGAUUCGUAUCCCGCUGUAGUAUGCAGUGGUCUCUGUGCCGAGUAUUACAGAGAGAAGUUUGUGAUGUACCAAGAGAGGGUGAGCUGCUUUUCCCAUCCGACCCUUCAGGAGUACAUGGCCGCUCUACACGUUUACUACUCUUUCAAAAAGCAUGGGAAGAACAUUUUCGAGCAGGGUAAGUUGAAAGUGAUGAAGGUUUCUUUGACAGACGUACUCAAGAGUGCAGUCGACAAAGCAUUGUCCUCCAAGAAUUGCAACUAUGAAAUUUUUCUGCGGUUUCUACUUGGUUUGUCGGUGGAGGCCAACCAGGAGCUGCUCAAGGACAUUCUGCAGAUAUCUACAAGUUCCACCCAGCAGGCACGAGAGGAGAUGACGCGCCACAUUAAAAAGAAAAUCAAGGAAAAUCACUACCCAGAAAAAAACGAAAACCUUUUGCGGUGCAUCGAUGAGCUUAACCCCCAACUGCAACGUUAACUUGUUUAAAAAAAGAGAGAGGGGGCGUUGUGCUGUUUAAAUCUGUCAUUAUGGACUGCAGAGAGCAAUGAUGCUGUGUUGUAAAAAUGUAUCUUAUUCUGUGUCAUCAAGGUCUCUGUAGAAUGACAUGGAUGUUGUUUUUCAUUUAUGUAGAAGAAGCAAAGUAAAACCCACUUAUAUUUA